AUGAACCAACCAAAUCAAACAGUGCUAACAGAAUUCAUCCUAAUGGGAAUUACAGACCGGCCUGAGCUGCAGGCUGCCGUCUUUGGACUCUUCCUCAGCAUCUAUGUGAUCUCAGUGGUGGGCAACCUGGGCAUGAUCAUCCUCACCAAGGUGGACUCCAGGCUACAAACACCCAUGUACUUCUUCCUCAGACACCUGGCUCUCACUGAUCUGGGUUAUUCAACAACUGUAGGGCCAAAAAUGUUAGUCAAUUUCAUAGCUAAUCAAAACACAAUCCCCUAUAACGGGUGUGCCACACAGCUGGCUUUCUUCAUCUUGUUCAUCAUCAGCGAGCUUUUCAUUCUGUCAGCAAUGGCCUAUGACCGCUAUAUGGCCAUCUGUCAUCCUCUGCUUUAUAUGGUUGUUAUGUCACAAAAGGUGUGCUGGGUGCUGGUGGCUGUCCCCUAUGUCUACAGUGCCUUUCUUUCUCUGAUAAUCACCAUAAAGAUUUUUAUGUCAUCCUUUUGUGACCAUAAUGUCAUUAGACAAUUUUAUUGUGACAAUCUUCCCUUAUUAACUUUGUUGUGCUCAAGCACACGUGACAUUGAGUUGAUAAUACUGAUCUUUUCAGCAUUUAAUUUGGUGUCUUCUCUUCUGAUAGUGCUUGUCUCCUACAUCUUGAUCCUGAUGGCCAUCCGCAGCAUGAACUCUGCACAGGGCAGGCACAAGGCCUUCUCCACCUGUGGAUCCCAUAUGACAGUGGUCGUUGUAUUAUAUGCAACUCUAUUCUUCAUGUACGUGCAACCCAAAUCCAGUCAUUCCUUUGAUACUGAUAAAAUUGCCUCUGUAUUUUAUACUUUGAUAAUACCUAUGCUGAAUCCCAUGAUCUACAGCUUGAGGAACAAAGAGGUAAAAUGUGCCCUGCAUCGGAUAUGGAAAAAUCUGCACAAACUGCCUAUGUAGAGUUCACUGUGAACUACAUAUAUAAUAAAUUAGUUUAUAGACUAUUGUUGAUUAUAUGCCAUAGGCCUUAGAAAGGACUAAUAUAUAAAAGUCACGGAAAACUAGAAUUGUUUUUCCCAUUUUCAAUGUAUAGAUGUUUCAGUAAUGAUGAUCCUUCUGAUAUCAUUUUUGGUUUCAGUGGAGGUGACUGAAGUCCA